CUCAUCUGUCAAAAGCUUUUUUCUUAAAAUUAGUUAAACUACAUUUAACUCUGUUUAAACCUUCAUCAUGCUUCACUAUUUAACACAGUGGAUUGAAAAUUUUGUUGGAGGGAAAAGCAAGCCACUUUACUGUCUGCUGUAUGGACGCGAUGAGGAACAAAGCAUCUGGAUUUCACCGAUGCGUUAUCUGAGCAGCUUCCUGAUCGGCGUCCUGCUAUCCUAUUUGCUGGGUCUGCUGGUGUCACUCAACAACAGUUUGAGCAUCCUCUACCAGAAUCUGCUGGUCGAGGUUCCAGUUGUUACCUUGUUCCUGCUGCUCAACGGCCUCUCCUUUAUGCUAAGUCGUAAUGUGCGUGCGGUGACAUUGCUGAUAUUUGCAUCGAUUGCUGACAAAGCCGGACAUAAGUAUUUGCGAGCGGUGGCCUUUGGUUUUCUGAUUACGGGUCCCAUUGCCAAUCUGGCGGCAAAUGCCGGCGAGGUGGCACGAGUCUUUGCCUGCAGCACAACGCUGACGUACAAUCUGACUAAGACACGCUUCGAUCUGAUUGCCAAACCCUUUACGAACACACUGCAGCACAUGAAAAGCGACAUUGUUGAGAUACAAGACACCUUCAAGGAGCUGCAAGUGAUUCUCAAUGAUCUUAAGCUGGGUUUGAGCAGCGAUGAUGAUAGAUUCAGUUACUACAAGCAUUUAAGAACUGCUGACAAUUCGACGGGGAAACAAUCUAAGAACUUUAGUUUUAAUUCACAACUGCCCAAAGCAGCCGAAAUUCAGCUGCAAUUUGUGAGGAAAAUGGGAAAUCGCUGCAAGCAGCAGCUGGACAGUGGUCACGAGGUGUGUGAGGAGGUGUUUAGCCAAGGCUUUCGCAAGUGUGCCACAAAUUUUCCCAACUGGUUGGCCAAUGCCAUUUGCUGGCCAUAUCGCAUCGAUAUUAUAUGCAAAGUAAACAUGUUUGGCAAUCCCGAUAAAGUUUGCGAUGCCUCAAAGUUUGUGCCAUCUGACUUUGGUCAGAACUAUGUCAAGUUGCUGCAGACGGAACAGGAACUUUAUGGCAAUAGUUCCAAUAUUCAAAUCACCUACAAAUUGCAGAAUUCAUCAACUGCAGCUCAAUUGCGUAGUGCUCAGCAGACAUCGCAGGAAUUCCUCAAGGAUUUUGAGCAGAGGCGACGCAUUUUCAAUGCUGUCAUGGAGAUCAUUGAUAAAUUCAUGUGGUUGUUUAUCUUCUAUUUGAUUUGGUCAGCUGCGAAUUACAAUUGGAAUUAUCGCUGCGUUAUUGACUUUGACAACUUUUAUAUAACGGACUAUUUCAAGCACGUCGAUGCGCGUCGCAAGCGAAUGAAUGAGGGUUCACUUUUGCCCCUGCGCAGCUUGGAGAAAUCGAGAAUUGUGGAUCUUCAGGAUGUUUGCAGUCGCACUGUGGCCGAAUCCAGUCAGCAGAGCAAUCAUAUACUACAGUUUCUACUAGAAAUAUUGCCCACUGUAUUAUUUUUAUUGUUGGAUCGCAUGGUUGUGAAUAUGCUGAACAUCAUUAAUCAUCGCUCAUUGAUCUCCUAUGAACAGGAGGGAGAACAUGAAGUUCGAUUUCGCAUCAAUGGCACCGGCUUGAUGGCGCGUCUAUUGCGCACCACCAUGAAGAACUUUAAUAUCCACGAACGUGUCUCCACCUUCCUCACCAACGAGGAGUGUCUUCCUGUGCCACACAAGCUGCCCCUUACAUUCUACGUGAAACUAAUUGCAUUAUACGCUCUGAUCAUAUUGCUUAUACAUCAGAACAUUUUUAUAUCACGUAUGCGUCCAGUGAUCUGUAAUUAUUUCUACUACAAGCGGGAAAAGCAACGGACUCUCUUUCUCUACGGUUCGCUACUGCGCAAUCGUGCCACAUAUCUGCAUGAUAUGCGCCAAACAGCUGAGCAAAAUUUGGCCACGCGGCACUCGCAAGGGCAACUCAAUAUAUUCCUAAUGCUGCGCCUGGGAUAUCCACAAAAAUUCGGCUGGCUGACGUAUUUCCAAUGUGCUAAACGCAAGUGUCUAAUCUGUAGUUGCGUUGAGAACGACAGGUUUGUCAUCUGCAAGUAUUGUGAGUAUCCAUAUUGUCGCAACUGCAGUCGAGACAUGACCUUUGUCUGCAUCUUCUGUGAACAGUUGAUGUCUCGACAAAAGGCGAAUGAAAACACCGUAGAGUUUUCCACCAAAGAACGUACAAGCAACAAUUAGGAAUUUACAUAGUAAUUUUUGUAAUAGAAUUUGCAAUUUGCAAUAAAAUGGAAAAUGCGCUUUUCAACACAGAUAA